UAAAUAUGCAAUCCAGUUCCUUCUCUCAAACAUGCCAAGCUUGGAACAAUGGCUUCUCCACUUACACUACCCUUAUUAUUAGCUUCAAUUCUGAUGGUCUUACUGGCUUCUCAAUUAGUCACUGCAGAACACUCUGAACAGGCAGAGUCAAGCAGAGUGUACAUUGUUUUUCUGGGAGAACGUAAACAUGAUGAUCCAGAACUAGUCCAAAAAUCACACCAUGACAUGCUCACAUCUCUGCUCGGAAGCAAAGAGAAAGCUCUAAAGUCUAUAAUCUAUAGUUACAAGCAUGGGUUUUCAGGAUUCGCAGCCACACUGACAGAGUCCCAAGCCAAACAACUUUCAGGUUUUCCGGGGGUGAUCAGUGUAAAACCAAAUCAAAAACGCCAACUGCAAACAACCAGAAGCUGGGACUUCCUUGGUCUUCCAUAUGACCACCCUGAAGAAGGAACACUUCUCCAGAAAGCCAACUAUGGAGAGAAUGUCAUCAUUGGUGUCGUUGACACAGGUAUAUGGCCUGAAUCAAGGAGCUUCAGAGAUGAAGGUUUCGGUCCCAUGCCAUCAAGAUGGAAAGGCAAGUGCCAAACAGGGCAACAAUUCAACGAAAACCAUUGCAACAAGAAGCUGAUCGGCGUGCGGUGGUACUCUCGAGGAGUUGAUAAGGAUGCUCUGCAAGGUGAAUAUCUUUCGGCACGGGACUUGAACGGACAUGGAACACACACGGCCUCCACUGCUGCUGGUGUGCUCGUACCCAACGUGAGCUUCAACGGCAUAGCGGCAGGGGCGGCACGCGGUGGCGCACUCCGAGCGAGACUGGCAAUGUAUAAGGUGUGCUGGGGAGUUGGCGGUGCAUGCUUCGACGCACCCAUUCUCAAGGCCAUCGACGAUGCCAUCCACGAUGGCGUGGAUGUCUUAUCGUUGUCACUGGGGUCAUUUGUGGAUGAGCAAAUGGGUACACUGUUCGCUGUUUCCAAAGGCAUGACCAUCGUCUUCGCGGCAGGGAACGAUGGCCCUGCGCCACAGACUGUAUCGGCUUCUGUUCCAUGGAUCAUUAGCGUGGCCGCAUCCACCUUGGACCGCUCCUUCCCCACCGUCCUCAACUUCGACAACAAUCUCAAAUUAGUGGCUCAAGGUCUGUUCUAUGAGAGCAAAUACAGUACUUUCAAACCAUUUGUUGCUGGCGACAGGUGUAACCAGGAGACACUCAGGGGCGUGGAUCUUACUGGUAAAAUAGUGCUCUGUUUUUCACCGAAUGAGGUCUCGAGCAUACUCCCCAGGGAUGACUUCGGGAUAGCGUUGUCUACUGCAGUGGCAGCAGGAGCUGGAGGGGUCAUAUAUGCAGCGUAUCCCACUGAUUUACUUUAUGGUGUUUCUGAUAUAUGCCAUGGCAUUCCUUGUGUAUUUGUAGAUAUUGAAGCUGCCUUGAAAAUAUUCUAUUUUUCUGGAAACUCAACUGUGAAAGUGAGUCUCACUAGGACUGUUGAGGGAGAUGAAGUUUGGGCACCCGUAGUGGCAGCUUUCUCAUCCAGAGGACCUAGCCAUGCUUUCCCUUCUGUGAUUAAGCCCGAUGUUGCAGCCCCAGGAUCCAAUAUCUUGGCUGCGGUUGGUGACUCUUAUGUUUUUGAGUCAGGGACCUCAAUGGCAUGCCCCCAUAUCUCUGGAAUAGCCGCACUUCUUAAAGCUGCUCACCCAGAUUGGUCUCCUGCUGCUAUUAAGUCAGCAAUAAUAACAACCGCAAUGACCACUGAUGGAUACGGGCAACCAAUUUUUGCAAACGGAGUUCCACGGAAGGUUGCAGACCCUUUUGAUUACGGCGGUGGAGUUGUUAGUCCAAAUAGAGCUGUGGAUCCGGGUCUUGUUUAUGAUGUCCAUCCCAACGACUAUCUAAAGUUCUUCAAUUGCACUCUUGCUCUAGACAGUGAAUGUGACAUUCUCACUGCACCAUUAUAUUACCUUAAUGUUCCUUCAAUUGCCAUUCCGGAUCUCAGAACCACCCAAAAUGUUUGGAGAACUGUUUUUAAUGUUGGGAAUGUGGAUGUGACAUAUAAAGCCAUGGUUGAACCUCCUUCAGGAAUCAAAAUGGUGGUGGAACCUGCUGUUCUUGUGUUUGAUGCCAAGAAGAAGAUGAACAGUUUCAAGGUGACUUUCACGGCGACUCGUAAGGUGCAGGGGCUGUAUACUUUUGGAAGCUUGACUUGGGUAGAUGGCAAGGGUCAUUCUGUUAGAAUUCCAAUAGCAGUGCGCACUGUGGUUUAUGAUAACUAUUCAGACGCUUCAUAAAAUCAGGAUGCUGGAAGCACUUCUAAUUAUCUAGAAUUAUGAAUAAAAUCAUGGUUAUUAUGCUUGUAUGGUAAUAGAUGAAGCUUUCUGCAAAUUUUAAUGAGCUCUAUGUUUUCCUCUGUGAUAUUUUCAACUAUUUAUCAUUUUAACAUGUUUUAAUGAAACCACAAUUGUGUUA